AUGGCCAGCCAGUCUCAGGGGAUCCAACAGCUCCUGCAGGCAGAGAAGAGGGCCAAGGACAAGCUGGAGGAAGCAAAGAAGAGUAAUGGUAAAAAAGAAAUCUGUUGCUUCUGCUGCUGUGAAUUCUCAGGGAAAGGGAGGCGACUGAAGCAAGCUAAGGAAGAAGCUGUGGCCGAGACUGAGCAGUACAGACUGCAGAUGGAGAAGGAGUUCCGCCUCAAGCAGUCCAAGAUAAUGGGCUCUCAGAGCCACCUCUCAGAUGAAAUAGAAGAGCAAACACUAGAGAAGAUAAAAGAGUUGAACAGGAGCUACAACGCAUGUAUGGAGAGCGUGAUGAAUCAAUUGUUGAGCAUGGUGUGCAGCCUGCAAGCAGAAGUUCAUGUGAACUACAGAGCCACUGACUGA